AUGGCAUCUGAAGAGUCCGCCAUCACGAUCCAGUUCACCACUGUAUCAAAGCUGUUUGAAGAGAUCUAUUCUGAUGAUGCCCGAGAUGCCCUUGUGGUGCAAAAUGUCUCCCAGCAAGAUUACAUCGACAUCGACAAUGAGCGAGAGCUUCGGAGGCGCAAGUUUCGCCUCAAGCGAUACUACUCUGAGCGCCAGAUACUCAUCGUGACCAUUCCAACCGAGGCUCACGAGCUUCUGUAUGCACCCCUGUCCGGACACAUUCACGCUGCUGUUAUACAGAUGGGGCUGGGUUCCCAGUGGACUGCGAUGGGCUCCACGACGUGGCGAGACCAUCGGAAUGGAGAUGAAGGCGAGGGAGACUCAAGCGGCGGUCCAAGAAAUCGCCAAGGUCCUCGUUGGCCGACGCUUAUCAUCGAAUCGGGAUAUUCGCAGACUCUAGAAAGUCUAAGAAGAGACAUGAAGUGGUGGUUCAGCGCCUCGAAUUACCAAGUCAAGAUUGUUCUCCUCGUCAAGCUCGACCCGAGUUCUGAGGAGAUCAUCAUGGAAACGUGGCAAGUUGCGCAGGGCGAAACAACAAGCACCGAGCCUAGCUGUUCUCAGGUCAUCACCGUCAGUGGAGGGCCCAACGCGGACACGCCCGAUACUAGGGAGGGACUAGAGGCCACCAUCUAA